UCUGGUUAUCGUUCUGAAAUCCAAAACAAACCCUGUGUACGUUCGGAAUAGAAGAAGAUUCCGGUGGAGCGAUCGGAAUAGAAGAAGAUGUCGACGGUGUACGUUCUAGAACCCCCGACGAAGGGGAAGGUGGUGGUGAACACGACGCGCGGCCCUAUCGACAUUGAGCUCUGGCCCAAAGAGGCUCCCAAAGCCGUAAGGAACUUCGUGCAGCUAUGCCUCGAAAGCUAUUACGAUAACACCAUCUUCCACCGCAUCAUCAAGGACUUCCUCGUCCAGGGUGGCGACCCCACCGGCACCGGCACCGGUGGUGAAAGUAUUUAUGGGAGUGUUUUUGCUGAUGAGUUUCAUUCACGUCUAAAAUUCAAGCACAGAGGUUUGGUUGCAAUGGCCAAUUCUGGAUCACCGCAUUCCAAUGGAAGUCAGUUUUUCAUAACUCUAGACCGUUGUGACUGGCUUGAUCGGAAGAAUACCAUUUUUGGAAAGGUGACGGGAGAUACAAUGUAUAAUCUUUUGAGACUGGGUGAAGUUGAAACUGAUAAGAACGACCGGCCUUUAGAUCCACCUCCAAAGAUAUUAUCAGUUGAGGUAUUAUGGAAUCCAUUUGAAGAUAUUGUUCCAAGAACACUUCAGAAACCUCAGAUUAAAGCUACACCUGAUACAGACAGUAAAGAUUCAAAGAAGAAAGGUGUAAAAAAAUUGAACUUGCUUUCUUUUGGGGAAGAAACUGAAGAAGAGGAAAAGGAAUUGGCAUUGGUGAAGCAAAAGAUUAGGAGCAGUCACGAUGUCUUGAAUGAUCCUCGUCUUCUAAAGGACGAAACUACUAAUAAUGAAUUGAGUUCAGCUGACGGUACGUCAAGAAGGAAUCUGCAGUUAUCUGUAAGGGAUGCGCUUAGCUCAAAGAAAGAAGAGCCUCAGAAAGAUUCAGAAACUGGUAAAUUUGGUCGUCUUGAUUCCAGUGAUGAUGAUGAUGAAGCGAAUUUUGAUGCAAGAAUGCGCAUGCAAAUACUCAAAAAGCGGAAGGAUAUAGGUGAUCUCCCUCCCAAGCCCAAGUUGCAAAAUGCAGGAAGGUCAAGCCCAGAGAACCAUGAUACGUCAGCAGCCAGGUCCAAUGAUGUAGGUGUUGAUGAGGAUCAACCAAGGGUGGAAAAAUUGUCCUUGAAGAAAAAGGGGGUAGGAUCUGAAGCAAGAGCUGAACGAAUGGCUAGUGCAGAUACAGAUUUGCAGCUAUUGAAUGAAAGUGAGAGAGGAAGACAGUUGCGGAAGCAGAAGAAACGCAGAAUUCAAGGGCGUGAAGAUGAAGUUCUAGCCAAACUUGAAAAAUUUACGAAUGCUUUAUCAGCAAAGGCGGCACCCACAACUGGUGAAUCUGGAGAUAAUAAUGGUGAGGAAUUGUCUGACUGGAAACGUGCUAGCUUAAACUUUGCCCCCGAUUCUGGCAAGGACCGCAUGUCUCGCAAAGAGGACCCAAAUGACUAUGUUGUGCAUGACCCUCUCUUGGAAAAGGGAAAAGAGAAAUUCAAUAGGAUGCAAGCCAAACAAAAGAGACGAGAACGUGAGUGGGCUGGGAGAUCUCUUACUUGAUCUUGCAUGAGCCAAAAUGGCUACGUGAAUAUGCAAAGCUGAUUGGUUUUGAAGGCUGACAUAUCCCUGCGCUGACGGGAGCGCCUCAUGUGGCCGGGUGUGUCUCAUGUAUUAUGUAGGGAAACUGGCUCUGAGGAAAACCGAGGAGAAAGUUGUUGCAUAGAGGAGUUGAGUGAACUUGGUAUGCGAAUCUUAAUAUUGGUGAGUGAGAUGUGGGGUUAUUGUGCAAAUCUUAAUCUUUGUUGAAUCAUACCUAACUCCCUCGGAUCUCAUGCAAGGACUUCCUCGUUCAUUAUGCCCUCGUGAAAGGAUCUACUUUGAAUUCAUUGUAGUUUUGGUGCAACGUCAACAGAUGUAUAUUUUAGCUUUUAACACACCUAAUUGUUGUUAUGUUUAAAUAUUACGACGGAUGUUGUAUUAUCGUAGAACCAACGAAUUUUGAAGUUGAAGACGUUACUUGGACGACAGAAUUUUUGUUAGGCUUUUAACGUGAACCAAGCGUUAGAGAAUAUUUUGGUUGGACCGUCGGUGGAAGCUUCAAGGGGUUAAUGGUUAUAUUUAUUUAGGUGU